CAAGAGGCACCGCGCGAGGAUCAUAGCGCACAGCUCAUCCGCCAGGUACAGCCCCGCCAACAUGUCCGGUAAACUCGCCGCCAAGUACUUCGGCAAGAACGGCGGCAACCUCGGCGGCGACGGCGGACAUGGGCGCUGGAUGCGGUACCAUCAGACGAAACUCGCAAACUCGGUGUUCGCCGCGGAGCUCGCUCGGCGACUUCGCGCGAGGGGAAGCAAGGUGAUGGCGCUCUGCGUCGCGCCCGGUUACGCGGCGACGAACCUGCAGGUGACCACGCACAAGGACGGCGGUUUGAACGCCGCGUGGUUGUCGUGGAUCUUCGCGCAGAGCGUGGAGGACGGGACCAUGCCGCUGCUGAAGGCGAUGCUGGACGACAGGCUGGAGAGCGGCGCCUUCAUGGAGCCCAAGAGCAUGAUUUGGGGCUUGCCCGUCGUGAAGGAGCUCAAGGGCGGGUGCGUCAGCGAGGCGAACGGGAAGCUCCUGUGGGAGGAGAGCGAGAAGGCGGUGGGUGCGUUUACGCUUUGACAGGGUUGCGCCCUGUUUGGACCCGCGGGUUGUUACCCUUGGUUGGAGUUGUUACCCUCGGUUGGAGUUGUUACCCAAAACCAAACGUUGCCUC